GACCCACACAUUCAUAUGGAGAUUGGGGUGUAUAAAUACUGGGCCGGGCAGCGGCGGAGGCAGCUCAGACUCCACUGGCUCUUCGUACUGGGAAGAAGCACUGACUUCACGGUGAUGGCACCCGCUGUUAUUGGACAGGCCAGCUACUCUACGGAACACCUGACUCCUGCUCACAAGCUCAGAAAGCCCAUGGUGGAGAAGCUGCGCAGGGACCGCAUCAACGCCAGCAUCGAGCAGCUCAAGUCCCUCCUGGGCCCCGAGUUCCUCCGGCAGCAGCCCGACUCCAAGCAGGAGAAGGCCGACAUCCUGGAGAUGGCCGUGUGCUACCUGCGGAGCUGGCAGCAGCGGCGGCGGCGGCGGCAGCAGCCCGCCGGCCCGCCGGCGGCCGCCGACGGCUACGCGCGCUGCGUGCGCGAGGCCGUGGGCUUCCUGUCGCACGGCCGCGCCCGGACCCAGGCCCACGAGCGGCUGCUCGGCCACUUCCAGGGCCCGCGGGCGCCCGGCGGCGCCGGCCCGGCGGCCCCCGGGUCGCCCCCGCGCCGCGACAAGGCCGCGGCGCAGACGGGCGCUCUGUGGAGGCCGUGGUAGAUGGAGGCGACACCCACGUGCGUGAAGGUCACGGACACAAAGCUACAGAUGCUGAAGUCUGUCCACGUUGGCGCCGACAGGAGAGUUAAUAUUAAUCCUAGUUUCCUUUGGAAGGACUGAAAUGAUUCAGGUUUUACUGAAUACUUACACUGUGUGUGUUUACAUUAUCCUCUGUGUAAUUUAGAGGGUCUACUCUUGGUUCUGUUUAUUUUUCCAAUUGGAAAAGAAGAUUUUGUUUGUUUAUAAGACUCACAUUGGGUUAAACUGUAUUAGUGUUUGAGACACUGUUCUAUUGAUGCGUUAAACCACUGCUUAUUGAUACCGAGUAUCACUUAUUGAUCAGUUUCAUCGUCCUGGUGAUAAUGACUCAACUACAUCCCAUGAAUGGAUCCUGUGGAUCUACAUCUACUGUAAAUCAUGUUCUGAUUGUACUUUACUGUGACUUUUCGUGACCUUUGGCUUUUGUCUGAAGGGUUGUUGCUGAACUGUACCUGUUGUGAUGUUCACAGCUGACGUUCGCCUUUCAUAAAGGCUUGUCGUGCUCAUGUCGGUCUUUACUACAAGACUCUGUUCAACUGCUUCCUUGAGGAGUUUGCCUUAAAUAUAAAAACAACAAAAAUAAAUGGAAAACUUCACAUGAAGUUUAGCAAACAUAA